CUUUUUUUUUUUUUUAACAAUGGAAGCUGCUGCUAAUGCUAACCCUAGUAAUGUUCAAGUUCAACAUGUGACUAAAAAAUCAUCCGAUGAGCUGCUGAGGAAGUUUGCUGAACUGGAAGAUGAUGCUGCUCAUAAAUGUUCAGCAAGGAAGGAGUUAAGGGUGGUGGUGGUUAAACGGAGGAAAACGGCGAGGAGAAGGGAAUCAGGUGGCUAUAGUCAGUGUGAGAGUCCUUCAGGCAAUGAAAGCAGCACCAGCUUAGUGGAGAGGAAAUGGCUUCUUCCUCCAGCGGCGACGCGGCGUUCCACAUUGCUUAGGCAACUUGGGGUUGGGAGGUCCCAUUUAAGAGCUAGGGAAAUCAAAAGCAGAUCCCUUUUUGGCACCAUCGAGAAGACAUGGCGGAAAACUAUUGGUGGAGCUUCAAAAAUUUUCAUGGAGAAACAUUAUAACAGGCAUAGGCGUUUGAUUAAUGAUGUUGUCUAAUUAUAGGUCACAGCUACCUAGCAAAUGGAAAUUUAAUUUAGGCCUUGUAAUACUGGCAAAAAAAAAAAAAAAGCUCAGCAAUUGGUACAUUGGAAUCAAAUUAUAUGUAUUUGUAUUGACUAUUCAUAUAUAUUUUUUUGUUAUCAACAUAAUAAAAAUAGAUCAAUUCCAAUUCAAUCUCACUUAUGGAAUUCUUAUGAGUGUAAAAUGCUUGUAUCUCACUUAUAGAUUCCAAUAUUAUUUAUUCUUGGAGCAGGAAAUAUAUGAAUC